AUGGGUAAAAAUAAAAAGAAGAACGCCAAGAAGCAAACCCAACACGUUGAAGAGAAGAAGCAAGACCAAGAACAUGAACCUGUUGAAGUCGUUGAAAAGGAAACUGAAAAAGUAGUCGAUACCCCAGAAGUGCAGCAAUCUGAAAACAAGGAUGAUUUACAGAUAUCCGAAGCUGUUGCACCGGAAGUUCUCGAGCCCAAAGUGAACGAAAAUACAGAACUGCAAAAGAAAGAUGCUGAGAUAGAAGCUCUAAAAAAAGAGCUAGCACAUUUAACGAAGGAAUUCGAAGAAACGAAAAGCAGAGCAUCGAAUGAAGUGCCCGCACAAGUAAAGAUAACUACUGAAUCUGAAGCUACGUCUGAUCAGACGGAGGAAUUCACGAAAGUUAAGGAAGAACGUGACCAUUUUGAAUCUCAAUAUAACAUGUUAUUAAGCAGAAUUUCCUCCAUGAAAAACGUAUUCCAGAAGAUGAAAGAAUCUCAAAGAGAACUAGAAUUGGUUCAAGAGCAAUUAAACGAGUAUGAAUCUCAAAAUAUAAAAUUGAAGAGUAAAGUAGAGUCGGUAACUAAAGAGAAUAAAGAAUUAAGUUCUACUGUGAUAACCUUGAAUAAAGAAUUCUCCACAUUAGAGAGUGAAUAUGAAGCCUUAGAGAAUACGUCAUCUGAAUAUGAGAAGAAAAUAAAAAGUUUGGAACACCAAUUAGACAAUUCUUCUAGUACACAUUCACAUGCUUUGGAGGCAUCUCAAAAGGAGAAGGAACAAUUAGAUUCUCAAUUACAAGAACUUAUAGUAAUACUGGAUAAUAACAAGCAAGAUAUUGCUGAUUUAAAAGACGAGAAAGAGGAACUCAAACAAAAUUUACAAACUUAUGAAAACGAAAAGAAAAACUUGGAAAAUUUAGUGGAACAAGUAUCUAUGAAGUUAGAGGAAGAGACGAAUAGAUCAAAAGAAAAUAUUCAGGAGAAGGAAAAAGAAAUAAAUGCUUUGAGAGUACAACUAGAUACCAAAUUGGAGACAAAUAAGGAACUGGCCCAAGAAAUGCAAAAUUUGAAUGAUGAGAUUGAGAAGCUGAAAGAAGGCACGGCGGCUAAAGCUAAACUCGAGGAAGAAUCUAAAAAUCAAGCUGUACAAAUUGCCAAGUUACGUCAUGAGGCCAUUAUUUUAAAUGAACACUUAACGAAGGCAUUAGCAAUGUUGAAGAAAUCAAGUGAUUCAGAGUCUGUCGAUAAAGAGUUGAUUUCUAACUUAUUAAUUUCAUUUGUUUCCAUCCCAAGAGCAGAUCCAAAGAAAUUUGAAGUUCUAGAACUACUCUCCAGUUUCUUGAGUUGGGAUGAUGAUAAGAGACAACAGGCAGGGUUGAUCUUGGAUCCUAGGGAAAAGGACAAAAACCCAGGCUCCAUGUCUAGAACACAGAAUUUUGUAUCAUUAUGGACAGAUUAUUUAGAAAAGGAGAGCGAGAAGUAA